CACUCUCACACACACUCGCUCCUUGCGCAUCGCAGACCUUCAGAAAGUGCUCGUGUUCAACUACAGUGAAAGUUAACAUGUACGUGCACGCUUUGAUACGCGCAAGCCUUGGAUUUGUAGGUCUCUGCCUGGUCGCUUUUGUCCAACAGUCUGCUUCAGGAAGUAAAACCACUCAAGAUGUGGACGAGUGUGCAGAGGCACUUGACAACUGCAGCAUCGAUGCCAUCUGCCAGAACACCCUGAAGUCAUACAAAUGUAUCUGCAAGUCGGGCUAUAAAGGGGACGGCAAACAUUGUGAAGAUGUGGACGAGUGUGCAACUGAGUACAAUGGCGGCUGUGUCCAUGAGUGCAUCAACAUCCCAGGAAAUUACAGGUGCACAUGCUAUGAUGGCUUUCGCUUGGCACAUGACGGGCACAAUUGUCUCGAUGUGGAUGAGUGCUCGGAAGGCAACGGCGGAUGCCAGCAGAUUUGUGUCAACAUGAUGGGCAGCUAUGAGUGCCGCUGCAGAGAAGGAUUCCUCCUCAGUGACAACCAGCACACCUGCAUCCAGAGGCCUAAAGUGCAACCAGAAGGUGCAAAGGAGGGACCCACCUGUAUGGACAAGAACCACGGCUGUGCACACAUCUGCAGGGAAACACAGAAGGGGGGCAUCUCCUGCGAGUGUCGACCUGGGUUCCAGCUCACCCGUAACAUGAAGGACUGCAAAUUGACAUGUAACUAUGGUAACGGGGGUUGCCAGCACAUCUGCGAGGAGACGGACCACGGCCCCAAGUGUUCGUGCCACAUGAAGUUUGUCCUGCACAGCGAUGGAAAGACUUGUGUAGGAGAGAGGAGUGUCCAGUCCCAGGCAGCCCCACAGCUGUUCCCCAAUGAGACCUGUGCAGUGAACAAUGGUGGCUGUGAUAGCACGUGUCAUGAUUCGGUGACGGGGGUCCGCUGCAGCUGUCCCGUUGGCUUCACCCUGCAGCCCGACCGCAAGACCUGCAAAGACAUUGACGAGUGCCGCCUGAACAAUGGCGGCUGCGAUCAUGUGUGUCGAAACACCGUCGGCAGCUUUGAGUGCAGCUGCAAGAAAGGCUACAAGCUUCUGACCAAUGAGAGAACCUGUCAAGACAUCGACGAAUGCUCCUUCGACCGCGCCUGCGACCACUUUUGCGUCAACUCUGCCGGGAGUUUCCAGUGCCUCUGUCACAGAGGCUACGUCCUGUACGGCCUGGCCCACUGUGGAGGAGGGGGGCAGCCCUGCAGCAACUGCCUCGUAACAUUUGUCAACCUCAAAUGUGACUCCUCAAAGAAAGCGAAAGGACGACGUGCUCGUAACCCGUCUAACAAAGAGGUAACUCGCAUAACUCUGGAGCUGGAGGCUGAGGUCAAACCUGGAGACACCACAGGCAGUUGUAAUCUCAGCUGCCUGAGACAGCGCAUGGAGAAGCAGGUGAAGACGUACAUCAAAGCUCUGAAGAAGUCCAUCAACCAGGAGCGCUUCCUGAUCCGAGUCGCUGGUUUGGAAUACGAGGUCGCCCAAAAACUUCCCCAGGCUGCUCCCAUUCAAGAGAACUGCGGCCCGGGCUGGGAGAGGGAAAGCGGCCGAUGUGUCAGAUGUUUGUCAGGGUCGUAUUACCACGGAGAGCAGGAGCGCUGCAUCCAGUGUCCACCGGGCACGUUCCAGGAGAGGGAGGGGCAGCUGGCCUGUGAUCUCUGCCCUGGCAGCGACGGCCAUGGGCCUGUCGGGGCACGGAACAUCUCCUCCUGUGCAGGCCAGUGUCCGACAGGGUCCUUCUCCAGCGAUGGCUUCAAACCGUGUCAGCCGUGCCCUCAGGGAACCUACCAGCCAGAUUUGGGACGGACCCUGUGCUUCCCCUGUGGCGGAGGACUGGGCACCAAGCGGGAAGGUGCCAGCUCCUUCCACGACUGCGAGGUCAAAGUUCAGUGUUCUCCCGGUCAUUACUACAACACCACAGUACACCGGUGCAUCCGCUGCCCUGUGGGGACCUAUCAGACAGAGUUUAGACAGAACUACUGUAUCUCCUGCCCAGGGAACACCACCACGGACUUUGAUGGUGCCACAAGUGUAUCGCAGUGCAAGAACAGGCAAUGCGGUGGAGAGAUGGGCGAGUUCAUGGGUUACAUUGAGUCACCAAACUACCCCGGUAAUUACCCUGCCAACGUGGAGUGUAUCUGGAACAUCAACCCGCCCAGCAAACGCAAGAUCCUUAUCGUGGUGCCUGAGAUUUUCCUGCCCUCCGAGGACGAGUGUGGAGAUGUGUUGGUCAUGAGGAAGAACUGGUCAGCUACAUCCAUCACCACCUAUGAGACGUGUCAGACGUACGAGCGGCCAAUCGCCUUCACAGCUCGCUCCAGACGUCUGUGGAUUAACUUCAAGUCCAAUGAGGCCAACAGCGCCAGGGGCUUCCAGAUCCCCUACGUUACUUAUGAUGAGGACUAUGAACAGCUUGUAGAGGACAUAGUGCGAGACGGACGACUCUAUGCUUCAGAAAACCACCAAGAAAUCCUCAAGGAUAAAAAACUGAUUAAGACUCUUUUUGACGUGCUGGCUCACCCAAACAACUACUUCAAGUACACCACUCGGGAGUCCAACGAGAUGCUUCCCCGCUCCUUCAUACGUCUCAUAAGCAGCAAAGUCUCCGCUUUCCUGCGACCAUACAAGUAAAAAGGUCGCGCGGCCGCCGGCGCAUUGGAUCGUGACCUCCCCCCGACAUCCCCCCUUCGCCUUACAGGCCACAUCCCGCUACUCUCACAGGGCUUUAAAAAAAAAAAGAAAGAAAAUGAAACACAAAACAUACCACCGUGUUUACCCUCUCGUAUUUUCCAUAGGCUUUGACAAUAAACACUAUGCAGACCUGAAGAGAACAUUAUUUGUGUUUUAGGUUUAAUUUUUUGUCCGUUUCCGUUCCGCACAGGUCUGCAGUCCCGAGCUCAAACCCUCAGUGGUGAUGUAGAGUGUGUGACUGGGUUUGGUUUCUUUUGUGUUGUGAAACGAAACCACACACACACACAAAAAAACAAUAGAAACGCUGACUUCAGACAGGAGUGAUGUUUUGUGUGCGGUUUGAGCUUGAUAGAGCUUGUUGUUGUUGUAUUUGCUUAAAUGAGUGGUCUGAGUUCCAGCUCCAACUCUACCAUUAAGUAUGACUGUGUCAGUGUUGUGUAAGUGUUGUGUAACCCUGGUUCCACCUUCAGUGUCUGUGUGCUGCCCUCGAGGAGGAGCCGUUGUUGAAUCUCAUGUCGCAGCUGCAUUCCAGGUCAUUUAAAGCCUUACUAUAUUUGAGCUCUUAGAGCGACUUCCAUGAGUUUUACUGUUAAAACAGUUCAUCUGUGUUUUGUUCCGUCUGUUUACUCGACCGCGCCGGCGUUUUCCAACCUUGAAAUCACGUCUGUUGCUCUUUUACAAGCCAACUUAAAAAGCAAAUAUCAUUCCAGGAACACCCGCGAUCAUUUGGGAGACGAAUAACAAACUAAUAAUAAUAGUGAGAGCCACAGAAAUGAGAUAAUGUGAUGUAUGGUGGAACAUGUCUCAGUGAGAGAGAGAGAAAGAGAGAGAGAGAGAAAUGUCUUUGAGGGACAUUAUGUUUGCUGCUUCUUUUAAAAGGUCACUUUAAUUCUUCAAUCUCAUAUUGUCUUUCUGAUCUACUCUACACUAAUAGUCUGUAGGUUUUAAAAUCAGCGGAAGCUCGGAAUCUGAAACAUUUUAUUUCUCACACACAGUUGAUAAAUUGAUAAUCUCACAUUGCCUGUCAGUGGAUUUCCAGUUUUAUCUUGUUUUGUUUUUUUCAACAAUCUUGUAAAUAAUGAAAAUAAAUUAGACGAGGGUUGAAUUCUUUAAUCCUAAUUUGUUUACGCAGGACCCCCCCCACCCUAAAAAACACUCUUUCCACCCUUUAAUGUUCCGCCCGUCUUCAAAUCCAAAGACACCUAGUACUUACCCGCCCCGCCCGCCCUUCCAUUCACCCUGCUCACAUUUUAUUCUGUCCCAAUGAAGACAGCUCUUCCAAAGACUGCCCCAAAAAAGGGGAAAGGUCAAGUUGUUUUGUGCACUAGAUUUAGAACCCGUCAUCCUACCUUUUCACGACAAGUGCAAUGAACGACAGAAGACAACACCUUUAACUUUGGUUACGCUCUGUUGUGACCCACACAACGGUUGUGAAAAGGUUGUUUGAAGUGGGCGUCAGUCUUGUCGAGACUCGUAUUAAAUAUGCGUCGCUAUGGGCAGAAGAGGUUUCGGAUUCAUCGUGUCUCUCUUAUAUGACAAAGUAUUAUGGUAACCUAAAGGGAAAGAAAAUCGUUGGAGAAUUCAGUUGUGAGCUUUACGAAAAUAAAGUCGUAAUUUUAUCAGGUUGAGAUUGAUUUUUUUUUUAAAAUGUAGUCGUAAAAUUAUGACAAUUAAAAAGACAUAUUUUAGGCCACGCGUCACGUUAGAGGGGGAGUGUUGCCGACUUUAAAAUGAGGAAUUGGGAGCAUCUUCACAAAGCAUUCACAAAUAACAAAAUAAUCUUCUGGCUCAUCAGCACCACAUUAUAAGAACAUAUAUAUGUAUCAGGAUUUUAAAAAGAUUGUUUUUAAAGAAAGAAGCACACAGACAUGGACUUGGAGGAAAUUGUCUCUUGUGUGUGGUGGUCGAGUUUGUUUUUUUGGUUAAAUCUGAAGUGGUUUCACAGUGUUUCAAGAGACAACGAGUUUGAUUGGAUCCAGACGAAGUGGAAUGCAGCUUCUCAUAGCAGCUGAUUUCCUUUAUUCCUUUUUAUUUAUUCUCAUAAUAUUAUGACUUUCUUUACAAUUACGACUUUAUCCUCACAAUAUUUCAACUUAAUUCUCGAAUCGACAGAAUUUUCCAUUCUACUCUUAAUGAGCAAAAUAAAAAAAAACAAAGUCUGUCGAAAUGUGAUUAAAAAAAAAAAGGUAUUUGAUGUGUUUAAAAAUAUGUAGAUAUAUAUGUUGUGAAAUUAAAACAGCGACCAAAACAGGGUGAAAUAAUUUAUGUUUAGUAAAAUCUGACACUUUGCUUCAUGUAAGUAGUCAAGGAGUAGAAUUUGGCAUUUGUGAAAAAGGAGGAGGUUGAUCUCACGUCCGUAUGGAAGUCACAGCUGGUGGAUAGUUAGCUUAGCUUAGCAUAAAGAGUGGAAAUGGAGGGAAACUAGCCUUGCUCUGCAAACCACAUUUCUUAAGCUCAAUUAACACAUUCUGACUUUUUGACUUAUUUGAUAAAUUCUUAGUGUGUGAUUUUUACGGGAGAGUUGAUCGAGCACAGUGGUGACGGGAGUCUCGGCCAGAAAGUGCAUGAGCAAAUUUCCCAAAAUGUCUGAGCUACUCCUUUAAUAUCAGUGUCAUCAGUGCAGAUGGCUACAUGGUUAGUACGUGACAAUGAUAAUCCCCACCCCCUUCAACCCUCGAAAGAAAUUAAAAAUCGAGUCGGCGCUCACUCUCUGAUAACGAAAUAAUAAUUCAGGGAGGAUGUUUUGUAAAUGUAAAUAAAAAAAUACUCGCGAUGGUACAAGUCGUAUCGUGUACCUGAGCUGUAGGAUGACACAAAGGGAAUUUGACCACAUUGUCAAAUUUGAGGGCAAUGCUGGCCCAAGCCAUGAAAAAAUAAAACCCCUCUAUACACUUUUCGCUUAAAUACUGAUUUUACUUGUAUUUCUCUGUGCAGACGUCAUCACGCAGCGUCCCAGUGCUGCUGCCCACACGCCCUCAUUCCCCCAUACCCCCCCCCUUCCCGACCAAAAUCAUCACCUUUUCCUGCAACCUGUAGUUUUUUGUUUUUAUUGUUGCCUUUUAACAAGAGUUUGCUAUGAUGUAUCAUAGAGUUGAUAAUGAUAUUUGCACUUGAAUUGUUAUUGCUCAUGUAAAAAAAAAA